GAUCAAGAGCAGGGAUCUUGAAACGCUUGCCUUUUGGUUGAUUGAGAUGUUUCUCAUGGGCCAGCCAUCCCAAGACACCCUGCUGUGCUGUGGUGUGACCAGUGACGGCCUUUUCAGCAAUAAACAAGGUUUUUCCACCAUGUUUGGAAAGAAAAAGAAAAAGCUUGAAAUCUCCAGUCCUUCCAAUUUUGAACACAGGGUGCACACCGGAUUCGACCCCCGAGAACAGAAGUUCACCGGACUACCUCAGCAGUGGCACAGUUUGCUGGCCGACACCGCCAACCGGCCGAAGCCAAUGGUGGACCCUUCCUGCAUCACCCCCAUCCAGCUGGCUCCUAUGAAGACCAUCGUUAGAGGAAAUAAACCCUGCAAGGAUACUUCAAUCAACGGCUUGCUAGAAGAAUUUGACAAUAUCUCUGUGACGCGUUCCAACUCCCUCCGGAAGGAGAGCCCCCCCACGCCUCACCUGGGACAUCCGAACCACGUAGAAAGUCACCAGCAAGAAAAUGGCUACAUCACGUAUUCCCAGUACUCGAGCGAGUCGGAGACCGCCAUGGACUUUGUUACUGAAAAAUACAGAGACAAGAGCCUUCCCGGGGAAGAACUGGACAAAUAUUCCCGAGGCAGCUAUGCCACAAAACAGAACGGGCACGUCAUGAAAAUGCAUCCCAGUGAUAUGUAUUUUUCAGAAGCAAGGGCUCUGAAGUCUGAUCUCUCCCGAUUCCUACCGGAUUAUCAUGCUCACCUGGACACAAAAAGCAAACUGAGUGACUAUGGAGGUCUGAAGCUGGAAUACCAGAGGGCGACUAGUGGAUCCUCUCUGGAUUACAAAGAACCUUUUCACUACACUCCCUCUAGAACUUCCCUCCACAGCCAGUGCUCAAGGGAAAGGCUAGAAUACAGUGACAGCGAAUGGGGGAAGGAUGAUUAUGAGAAAAGACCCAAGUCAUCCUAUGUAAACCCGGCAAGCCCUCAACCAACCAUGAGGCAGAGGUCCCGGUCAGGCUCUGGCCUCCAGGAGCCUGCCGUGCCCUAUGGAGCAAGUGCUUUUAAGUCCAGUCAGCAAGGCCACUCAUAUAGCUCAUAUACCUAUCCUCGGUUAUCAGAAACUGCGACAGGCAUUCCAAAGCUGGAUUACGAGAGAGCAGAGAUGGUUGUCAGCCCGCCGCUGUCCAGCUCGGACACUUACCCCAGGGGCCCCUCCAAGCUCCUGCCAGGCCCGAGCAAGGCCGGUUACUCCGGCAGUGCCUACCAGUACCCCGCCGCCUACCACCAGUUCUCCCACUAUCACCACCAGCCUCCCCCGCAGCAGCCACAGAGCUCCCAUUACAUCUCCACGGCUUCUUACCCGAGUUCCCCCAGCAUCGCCUCCAGCGCUUACCCCCCACCCAGCUGGGGCUCCUCCUCGGACCAGCAGCCCUCCCGGGUGUCCCACGAGCAGUUCCGGGCGGCCCUGCAGCUGGUCGUGAGCCCCGGGGACCCCCGAGAGUACUUGGACAACUUCAUCAAAAUCGGGGAAGGCUCCACGGGGAUCGUUUGCAUCGCCACCGAGAAGCACACGGGGAAGCAGGUGGCCGUGAAGAAGAUGGAUCUCCGGAAACAGCAGAGGCGGGAGCUGCUCUUCAACGAGGUCGUCAUCAUGCGAGAUUACCAUCAUGAAAACGUGGUCGACAUGUACAACAGUUACCUGGUGGGAGAUGAGUUGUGGGUCGUCAUGGAGUUUCUGGAAGGCGGCGCUUUGACGGACAUCGUGACUCAUACCAGGAUGAAUGAAGAACAGAUAGCAACCGUGUGCCUGUCUGUCCUCAGAGCGCUGUCUUACCUGCACAAUCAAGGGGUCAUCCACCGGGAUAUAAAGAGCGACUCUAUACUCCUUACGAGUGAUGGGCGAAUAAAACUAUCAGACUUUGGGUUCUGUGCCCAAGUUUCAAAAGACGUUCCAAAGAGGAAAUCACUUGUCGGAACUCCGUACUGGAUGGCCCCGGAAGUGAUCUCCAGGCUGCCUUAUGGAACAGAAGUGGACAUCUGGUCCCUUGGUAUCAUGGUAAUAGAGAUGAUCGAUGGAGAGCCACCGUAUUUCAAUGAGCCGCCUCUCCAGGCAAUGCGCAGGAUCAGAGACAAUUUACCACCGAGAGUGAAGGAUCUGCACAAGGUCUCCUCAGUCCUCCGCAGCUUUCUCGAUUUGAUGCUGGUACGGGAACCUUCCCAGAGAGGAACAGCCCAAGAACUGUUGAGGCAUCCCUUCCUGAAACUGGCCGGCCCUCCAUCGUGCAUCGUGCCGCUCAUGAGGCAAUACCGGCACCGCUGA